AUUCCUCUCGAUCAUCAUAUUUUUGCUACUGGUGCUUCCUAUUUUCUCAGUGUGGAACAAAACGAUUUCCCAACAAAUAAAUUCACAAAAUGGUUUCUUCAAGAGCAUUUCUUUUUCUGUCAAUGAUCAUGGUUGGGGAAGCCUUUUUGGCCCCUACUGCUACGACGACAUCGAGAACAUCGUCAAGGAGUAUGGUUGACCCAAUGAGCACAAUCACAACCGCUGAAAUAUCGGAAGAGUUCGGAAAAAGUGUCAUCAUUGCCUUGGUUCUGGGCGGCGGCUUGAUCCCCGCAACCCUUUCAGCAAAUUCUGCCAUGUUCUCCGCCCUAUCGGGACGAAAGGGGUACAUCCCGGAGGGCAAAGAACCCCCCGCGGACCUAGAAACAUUCGAGAACUAUGAUCCAAACAACACAUUCGAUCCAACCAUGGGARACGCAAACAACAUCAAGUACCGAGAAUAUGUCUUAGAUUCUGGUGCUACCGGGCCUGAGUUGCCAAGCAGUCAGCUCUUGUUCGCCAGCGACAAAAUUCCGGUCGCCGACAUCGUCGCUGUUUUGGGACGGAUCGAAGCCACAGAGAGCAUCGUCGACUGGAGAAAUCUUCCCUCCGCCACACGGGGGACUGUAACUCCCGGUGCGGAGCCUCCUAUGUGGCUGCCCCGAAAGGCAUUCAAGGUGCUGAUUAGAAAAAGCAAAUUUCUUGGCUGGCCAACUGAUCCCAAGACCGGCUUGCCGGUUGGAGGAGAAGAGUUGAAGCAGUCGGAGGAAAAGCGCAUCUCAAAGAAAGAUGCCAUCAUCGGAGAUGCAGCACUCGAUGCUGUUUUUGAUUCGUGGACAGGGUAAGUAAUACUCAAACUACUGGUCCAGUUGAGCCUGCUCCGGCCAUGGAAUUUUAUUUUUCAUUAAGGAAUGGCUAUGACUCGAAUUAAAUGCAGGUUUUAAUG